AUGAAUAUUCGAGGAUAUAGAUUAACAAUCAUUGGAGUAUACGCAGUAAAUGAUGAUUCACCAACAGCUUCAAAAGAUACAUUCUUCCAACAGUUGAAUGAUGAGAUUAUAAAAACCGGAAAAACGAGAGAAAUAUUUUUGUUGGGGGACUUAAAUAGCCGCACCGGAAAAAGUGAUAAUGAUGUUACUAUAGGAAAAUAUGGAGAAGAUACGCUCAUUAACAAUGGAGAAAGACUAAUUGACAUGUGCAAACAGAAUAACUUAAGAAUUCUCAAUGGAUUUUAUCAACACCGUAACAUACACAAAUAUACGUGGAUACAAGGCACAAAAAAAUUAAGAUCUAUCAUAGAUUACGUAAUUACUAAACAAAAAACAAAACUACAGAUUCAAGACGUAAGGGUAUAUAGAGGGGCGAUAUGCGGUAGCGACCACCACCUCCUAAAAGCGAAAAUAUUUCUACCAUAUAAACGAGAAAAAUAG